UCCUGAGAGGCCCUCCUGGGCGCACAGCUCUUCCAAUAGCGUUACUGGAGACGACCGGGGCGGGCAAAGACUGAAGCCGAGAGCAAGGACUGGCAAACGCUCCCCGGCCGCAGAGCGGAAGCGCGCAUGUGUAUUGGUUAGUCUUCGGCGUGCCAGAGAGCAGUGGCUUCUUCCCUUUACAGCCGACCGCCUUGCGAAUUUCGUAAUACCUCGUGCUCCCGGCCUUCGCGCCGUGCUACUUUAUAAACCGGAGCGGCGAGGCCCAGAAGUUAUAACUGAUCACUUUAGUAUAUUCAGGGAUCGUUGAAAGUAAUGGAUCAAAACAGCCCAGAGCGUUUUGACAGAGCCGGGCGUGAAACCGCUGCGAACUAGAACGUGUGCGCAACUCCGCCCUCUUUUGGCGAACCUGCUUGGCCUGACCCUUCCCGCGACCGGUCGCGCGGCGGAGCAAGCGCGUUCGGCGUAGCGGGAGGGACGUCGCUAUGGAACCGGACGGGACCUACGAGCCCGGCUUCGUGGGGAUCCGCUUCUGCCAAGAAUGUAACAACAUGCUUUACCCCAAGGAAGACAAGGAGAACCGCAUUCUGCUCUACGCGUGCCGGAAUUGCGAUUACCAGCAGGAAGCCGAUAAUAGCUGCAUCUAUGUCAACAAAAUUACGCACGAAGUGGACGAACUGACCCAGAUCAUCGCCGACGUGUCCCAGGACCCCACCUUGCCGCGGACCGAGGACCACCCGUGCCAAAAGUGUGGCCACAAGGAGGCGGUGUUCUUCCAGUCGCACAGUGCCCGGGCCGAGGACGCAAUGCGCCUGUACUACGUGUGCACAGCCCCACACUGCGGCCACCGCUGGACCGAGUGAGCCUCUACCGCCACCCCCCACCCCCUCAGCGUGUCAUAAAUGCUCUUUUCUGUU